GCUCCACCCAUUUGGUUUUCAAAAGACAAUCAUUCAGAAAACUGGGAGAUAUGCUCGUAAAGUUUUUGUGCUUAGUGUUACCAGUGUAUAGUAUUCCAAUUGCCCCAUCUUUUAAGGACUUACAGACAAUAAAACCGGACUACAAAUUAAUAAAGUAUACAUUUUCACGUGAUAAUGAAACCGAUGUCAUGAGUCCGGAUCCUCCGAGUCUUCAACUUAUUCCACUGGAUUUUCUUUGCGAAUUCUGCCAAGUUGUGAUUUUGAAGCUCAAAGAACGGCAAAAAACAGAAACCAAUUUUGAAGAGACAAUCAAAAAAGAAUGCCUAAAUUCGACAGAUGAUUCGAGUAGCUUGUGUGAUGUGAUAAAUAGAGUGAAUCUGGAACGACUGAAAAAAGGAGAUCCAAAGGAUAUAUGUGAAAGUCAGGGAAUGUGCAAUGGGUCUACUGGCACGACAACUAAAGACAAUGGACCGCCUGGUGUGUCACCUAAUCAGAGUAUGGGAACCCCUGCAAAGCCUGCAAAUGAGAUAGAACGACAUUUAACAAUCGAUGAAAAAUCUGUGAAUGCAACGUUAAAUGUUGAAGACAUAGCUCCUUAUAAUUAAUAUAUGUGUGUUUUUUUUAAAAUAUAAAUAAACACAAAAUUGAGCAU